CGCAAAUACAUCGAUAGGCAGUACUUAACGGAGAGAUCUGGAAGGCGGAUCCAUGUCGUAUUGGACAUAGCGACAGUCGACUCGCCAGCCGUCAAAGUCCGCUCGAAUCUGAAAACCCCGAGCAAAGUCGCUACGAACCCUUUUCGACCGGAACAAACGCACCUCGUUUCUCUCAAAAUGGGUUGGCGGCCGCCCUAUGAGGGAAAUGAUAAGCUAUACGUCUCGAGCAAUGCUCCGAAACGGAUCAAGGAGAUUCAGUUCCAGCCCAUGAAGGCUCAGCAGAUCGUGCGGAUAUCUGAAUUUCAAGCUAUCAGCCAUGAGAUGUAUCAGCUCGGGGACGCAGGCAAGACGCCCAAGGUCGGAGGAAUAUUGGACACGAGGCUGGGGACGUCCUCGAAAACCGGGAUUUGCUCAACAUGUCAUCUCCCGCUGACGGACUGCGUGGGACAUUACGCCUACAUCGAACUACCCUUACCGGUCUAUCACAUCGGAUACUUCAGGCAUUGUAUCAAAAUCCUUCAGAACAUCUGCAAGAAAUGCUCCUGCGUGAUGCUAGACUUUCCACAGCGGCGAAAGUACCUAGGAAUCUUCCGGCGUCCAGGCUUGGACAACAUGACACGUCAAGCACGGGCUAAAGAGGUCAAUAACCUUUGCCGAGCCGUCCGACGUUGUCCGUCUUGUGAUUCCGUCAACGGUGUCGUCAAGAAGAGUGGUCCGCUUAAGAUCAGUCACGAGCCGUUCAGGAAUUGGAAGGGAGAGGAAGAGCUGGAUGAAUACAAGAGGGGGUUCCAGGGGAUCUUGCGAGAUCAGCCGGAGCUGGGACCAUAUAUUGGCAAGCCGAUGAUCGAUGUGACCGCUCAGAUGUGCCUGGAGCUGUUCAAGGGGAUGUCGGACGAGGAUGUCGAGCUGCUUGGGAUGGAGCCCUCGAUCGCGCGACCAGAAGAUUACCUCUGGCAAUACAUAUCAGUUCCGCCCACCUGCAUUCGACCGACCGUCCAGCAAGAAGAUGCAACGAAUGAAGAUGAUCUCUCAGUGAAACUUUCAGAGAUUAUCUACUGUUGCAGUCUGAUCGAGGCGUCACUAAAGACUGGUCAAGGUAUCUCCCUGAUUAUGGAACAAUGGGAGUUCUUGACCCUGUCGGUGGCGAUGUAUGUAGAUUCAUCUACACCAACAGGUUCGGCUAUGCCCAACACCAAACCUAUUCGAGGAUUCUGUCAACGUCUCAAGGGAAAGCAGGGUCGUUUCCGUGGUAACUUGUCGGGAAAACGAGUGGACUUUUCAGGCCGUACCGUUAUCGGUCCCGAUCCCAAUCUGAAUAUCGACGAAGUCGCUGUGCCUGUCAAGGUAGCGAGGAAACUUACCUACCCGGAACGAGUCACCGAUCACAAUAUCGACCGUCUCAGAAAAGCCAUCUUGAAUGGAACCAACAAGCAUCCUGGAGCCAACUAUGUCAUUGACAAGGAGCGCGGUUUCAAGAAGGCUUUGAAGUUUGCGGAUAUCAAGGAGGUUGCACGGAACCUUCGCAUAGGCGACACGGUCGAACGGCAUUUGCACGAUGGAGACAUGGUACUGUUCAAUCGACAGCCCAGUUUGCACAGGCUAUCUAUCAUGUGUCACAGAGCGAAAAUUCGACCCUGGCAAACUUUCCGUCUUAACGAAUGUGCCUGUACCCCUUAUAAUGCGGAUUUCGACGGAGACGAGAUGAAUUUGCAUGUGCCGCAGACUGAAGAAGCAAGAACAGAAGCUCUUGAAUUGAUGUCGGUUAAGGCAAAUUUGGUGACCCCGAAGAACGGAGAGCCUAUUAUCGCUGCCACGCAAGAUUUCAUCACCGCCGCGUAUUUGCUAUCGAUUAAAGACCGAUUCCUGGAUCGGGCGGAAUUCUGUCAGAUCUGCACUUACUUUGAUGACGCGGGUUUGGAGAUCGACAUACCUCCACCCGUAAUCCAGAAGCCUAUUCGACUAUGGACCGGGAAGCAAGUCUUCAACAUCCUGAUGAGGCCGAACAAGAAGACAAACAUCUUCGUCAAUCUAGAAGCUAAGUGCAAGACCAUUCAGAAGCCGAAUCCCGCCGAUCAAUUCUUGGAUGACAUGGCGCCCAACGACGGAUACUUGGUCAUCAGGAACAGCGAGAUCAUGACAGGAGUCUUUGAUAAGGCUACGGUCGGAGACGGAAAGAAGAACUCGGUAUUCGGUGUCAUGUUGCGAGACUACGGUCCAACGGUCGCGGCAGUGGCCAUGAACAGGCUGGCAAAAGUCUCGGCUCGGUGGCUGGCAAACAUUGGCUUCUCUAUUGGUAUCAACGACGUCACGCCCAGCAUGAUGUUGGUGAACACCAAGGAAAGGAUGGUACAAGAGGCCUAUGACGUGUGCGACGACUACAUCAACCAGGCCAAGCUCGGAAAGCUAGAGAAUUUGCCAGGUUCAACUCAAGAAGGUACACUUGAAACCAAAAUCUCUGGAACGCUCAGUGCGGUUCGUGCCGCUGUUGGAGAUAUCUGCAUGAGAGAGCUCUCGCGACACAAUGCUCCCCUGAUCAUGGCUACUUGCGGUUCCAAGGGUUCCGUCAUCAAUGUCGCUCAGAUGGUAGCGUUGGUCGGACAACAAAUCAUCGCUGGUAAACGUGUUCCCAACGGUUUCGACGACCGAUCCCUUCCUCAUUUCGAGAAGAAGAACCGAAAACCCGCUGCAAAGGGUUUCGUGAGAAACAGUUUCUUCAGCGGUCUCGCCCCCUAUGAGUUCCUGUUCCACGCUAUCUCUGGUCGUGAAGGAUUGGUCGACACCGCCGUCAAGACGGCCGAAACUGGAUACAUGGCUCGACGUUUGAUGAAGGCUUUGGAGGAUCUCGUAGCGCACUACGAUUACACCGUUCGAAACUCUGUAGGAGGGAUUGUACAGUUCGAGUACGGUGACGAUCGAUUGGAUCCCGCCGAACUCGAAGGUGAAGCAGCACCGGUGGCAUUCCCGCGAACAUGGUCGCACGCUUUGGCCAUCACUGGUCGAGAAGGUGUCGCUCUCUUGCCGUACGAAGUUAGAAAAUUGGCCAAGGACAUCAUGGGGAGCCUACAUUGGUUCACGGUGUCGACUGCAAUGAAGAACGAGACCGAGAACUUCAUCGAGCAGCAUAUCGUCAACGCGUUGGCAUCGCUGCGAAGCAAGCUGGGGAUGUUCCCGGCAAGUGACGCCCGUGAUGAUGAGAUUGGGCGCGAGGCGAUCUUGGAGCUGGAUGAAGACGAUCUCGUGGCGUGGUAUUCGAACGCUCUCAAGGUGACAGAAGGUCACAUCCAGUGUUUCUUGGAACAAUGUCGAGACAAAUACCUCAGGGCGAUGAUCGAACCUGGUUCGACUGUCGGGGCCGUCGCAGGGCAGUCUAUCGGCGAACCCGGAACACAGAUGACUCUGAAGACAUUCCAUUUCGCUGGUGUCGCCUCGAUGAACGUUACCAUGGGAGUUCCUCGAAUCAAGGAGGUCAUCAACGCUGUCGCAGAUAUCACUACUCCCAUCAUCACGACUUGCCUCGACCAGCCAAAGAGCGACGUCGCAGCUCGAAUCGUCAAGGGAAGGAUUGAGAGAACAACUUUGGGAGAUAUCGCUUCGGUCAUUGAAGAAGCAUGGGAUAAAGUGGCCGUAUUUAUCGGUAUCCACAUCGACAUGGACGCCAUACGAAAGCUACAGCUCGAACUCACGCUCGACGAUAUAAAGACGGCCCUCAUCGCCGCGCCCAAGCUCGGCAUCAAGCACAACCAGGUGGUCGUUGUCGCGCAGAAGAAUCGAUUGAGAAUCUAUAUCGAAGAGGAAGACAAGUUUGGAAGGCUCAAGAGUCUGAAACGAGCAUUGCCGAGCGUCGUCGUCAAGGGUCUCGCGCCGAUCGUCCGAGGUAUCAUCAAGCUCGACGAGAAAACGAAGGAGAGAGAGCUGCUCUGUGAAGGGCACGCAUUGUUGGAAGUCAUGAACACGCCAGGUGUUCUCGGAGUCAAGACGAAAUCGAACAAUAUCAUGGAGAUGGCUCGAGUGCUAGGAAUCGAAGCCGCUCGACAGACGAUCUACAACGAGAUUCAAGACGUAAUGAAGCUGUACGGAUUGAAUAUCGAUCCUCGACACGUCUACUUAUUGGCGGACCAGAUGACGUGCAAGGGUCAAAUCUUGGGUAUCACUCGGUUCGGUAUCCAAAAGUCAAAGGACUCGGUAUUGAUGAACUCGUCAUUCGAACGAUCCACCGACCACCUGUUCGACGCCUCGCUUUACGGCAAGACGGACGCCAUCGACGGUGUCUCGGAAUGCAUCAUCAUGGGUACCCCGGCGAAAAAGGCGGGAACCAUGUUGCCCCACCUGAUCCGCAAGGCGCCCGUUUUGAACCCUUCCAAGAAAUUGUUGUUCGAGGACGCUUGGAAGAGUAUGGCGCCGCACCGGGCGACGGACGCUACAGAGGCUACGAGGGCUAUGAGGCCUGUGGAGGCGUACUAGGAGGCGGUGACGAUCUGGUGUCGCGCAUUUGUUCGCAAGAAGAUGGCGAGAUUUGCCGAGGAACGUCGUUACUUGAAUUACUUGAUUGACUAUAUGAUGAAACGCGUAUACACUUUACGAAUGUUGCCCGAUUGAUCUGGAACCUUUCGGAACAGGGCGAUUCGAGAUCUUCGAGACCUGCC